GGUCAACCUAAAAUCUCUCAUACACUUAUUCCUAACAUUUGUCAAACAUUGUUACCAUUAUCUUAUAUCUCAUAUUGAUUGUAUAUAUGAAUUCAACAAGUUUUCCACAUUCAAGCUAACCAAAAUUCCCCCCUAAAGAAGAUAAUCGAGGAAUAUGCAGGCCAUCAAAGAUAAAAUAACAGAUCUGAAUGCCACUCGUAAGGCAAGGUCCGAAGCCAAACAUGAAGAAAAAGCUGAGAAAGAGUUAGCAAAAUCCAGGGCUGAUGUAGCCCAUGAGAUCAGGCUAGCACGAGAAGCUGAAGCGUCAAUGAAUACUCAUGUUAAUAAGGCAGUUGAAAAGGCUGCCCAACAUGAUGCUAAGCUCGCUCCUGACAAACAACAUGCCCAUAGUAAGGAUGCAUUGAGCAGCGACGGACAAGAUUCUGAUGGCAAAACCUCGUCUAAUAUACCAGCACAUCUUUCCAAGUUUAUGUAGGUUGUUACCUCAAUCAUGUAUAUCCAGGAACUUUUAGAAAAGAAAAAAAAAACCUAAUCUUCAUCAAGUUAGUAGCUAGUAUGAUAGAUCCACACGGCAAUGGUUCCAUUUUUAUACCAACGUUGUCCUGUUUAUAUGUAUUGCAGAUUUGAUCACUUUUUGUUAACUUUCUGUAAAUGGGAUAAUUACAUUGGUGUA